AUGGACUCUUUCGGUCUCACCAUGUUCUCAAUCCUCAUAGCCAUAUUUGGCUACUUUCAAUCUAUUCAUCUGACAGGCAUCGAGCGACUGAAGGACGGUCUGGGAAAGGAAUACGUCUUGGACCAUUUCGGGAUGAUGGUUUACAGAUUCUUCCCAGUCGCUUAUGGCAACGACUCUUUUGCGAACUCCGAAAUACGGUCUGAUGCACCAUCUGCUGUGGUUUUGUCGACAUCAUCUGAACCGGAACCAGUUGAUCAUGCUGUGGAUGCCGUUAUGGCCAACUUCAGUGCUUCCAUGGAUGAUACGAUAGGAUAUACAACCGAUAUUGUGUCGCUGGAUGCUGACCAGAAUGAGUCUGAUUCUUGGCUUUUCCGCGACACCCACUACCUUAAUCUGAUCGCGAUCCGCUCUCGGUAUGCAGGAUUCUCAUCGCAGAUUUGGUCGGUUAUCAAAAGCUUUUUCGGGCUUGCGGUACUUCUAGGGCUACCUGUCAUUCUCGUUGGGACGCUGAGCGUCGCCUUCAUGUACUGGCGAGAUUUGCGAACAGCUGACGCUGGGAUUAUGAGGUUCACCAACGAGGUUCAAUCCAGAAGAGCUUCCCUCCGACGAAAAAUAGACCUGGCAGUCCUGGUAGUCGAUCAGACCCUUGACGAAAUUGUAAGACAUAUUUCAGCAGAGCAGGAGCGCGUACACCAGGAUCUAGCCUCCUUCCGUCCAGAAGAUGUUAUCAGCCAGGAGAUGAGCGCAUUCCGCGAGAAGCUUGAGUUGCUUAUCCAAAGAGAAUUCCACAGACAGGUCUCCUGGGUGAAGGAUUACCUAGAGGAACUCGAGCAAGUACGCCAAUCCCUUCCAAGCCCCGCGAAAAUUCGAGCCCAAUGUAAGGAAUUCCAAGAGAUGUUUCAGCAAGCCAAGGAAGUGCACAACAACCUGAACGAUGCCUUAAAGCAUAUCGAUGAGCUUUCGCGUUCGAGACAGACGCCGCCACUUUCUCAGGAUUCGCUUUCUCUGGUUGACGACGAAUUUCACGCUGUGCAUUCUAUCUCCAGCAACGAAGAAACAGGCUCGUGCAAUGUGAGUGAGCGCUUUCAUGAUAAUGCACACACACCACCCCAGUCAUUGUCGCAGUGGGUGAUGGCGUCGGGUCGUCACGCCAUGACUCCCGAGGAAUUCGACAAGGCGCGCGAGAUUCGACGUGAGAGAGUGAAAAUGCGGUGCGCAAACCGAAUUAAAACGGACUCUGCUUCAUCGAAUGUUCAAAGCUGGACUGCAAUGACCAAUCGUUCCUCUUGGUAG